AAAAAGAAACAAAGAGAGAGAGAAAGAACGAAACACGAGCGAAGGCAGCGAGAGAGAGAGAGAGAGAGAGAGAAACAAAUACUUAAAAGGACAAAUAUAUGGGAUUUGGACGCGAAACGGAGAAAAGAGAUGAAAAUUAACUGUCGUUCUUAGUGUUUUAUAUAUAAAUAUAUAUAUGUUACGUUUCAGUGUACUCUACGAGUCGUAUAAACAAUACGAUCCGUACAUGAUAAUAUAACACAAAUAUAUAUAUGUAUAUAUGAAUACAUCGUUAAAUGGGCUGUGGUAGAAACCUUUAUAUACUUUAUACACCAGACGAGUCGGAUCCUCUUUGUUUCGUUUGUCUUUCGAGCUAAAAUGAGAACGAUUCAUCGAUAUUAUAGUAACGAAAGUAAACCGCGGGGAUAACAGAGCACGAAAUGAUAAAGAAGCAUAGCAGAAAAGAGAACCGCGCACCGGAUCAAUGUUAACGGCAUUCAUUUUAAACAGGAGACGCUUGUCGUUUUGAGUGCGUAGCCACUUUGUCCUAUAUUCUGUCACACAACGAUUACCUUGCACAAAAUGUACCUAAUUACACGUAAUAUAUUGUAGGAUCCGUCUUAAUGAUUGUCAAUAAUAUUGUACCUACCGUGCCCGUGGACGUGGACACGCGGGCGAAUUAUGAUAUUAGGCUAAUAAGGCUGUAAGCUGUAACUACGAUUAGAUAGAGAACAACAAAAAUCCAGUCGCUGAAAACUGUACUGUGAUGCACCUGCUUCGAAGACCAACCACAGCGCACUUUAUUAUUCGCCAGCCUCCAUCCGUAUGUUUUUUCUUCUUCCUCCAAAACAGUGGUUCCGAAACCAGUCCACACUUUCGUUGAUCGAAUGUCAAGCAAGUUCCCGACAAAAAGCUAGCACAUUUGUGGCGUCGAUUUUUUCCUCUUUUUUUUUUUAUUCGACAUCGGUAAUAUACUUUUCGACGUAUGGAAAACGUCUCGUCAACAAAUAUUUAUUUUAAUGCGAGGUCGUUCGCGUUAUUUCGGAAAUCCUUUCGCGAACCAUGCUUUGGAAAUCACGGAUUCAGCGGGGACCGAUGAUACUUCUCUCUCGUUCAGCUCUCCCUUUCUCUCGAUUUGUCGGAGACGCGCCCUGUCCAGUUGCUUUUCGAAGCGAAACUUUCGAAAAGUCCAUUUAUAGCUUUACAAUGCGGUCGACCAGAGUGCUCGGCCACUUCACCGAACGCGCAACGAUGCCUACCUUUCUGACAAAUUCGACAGUCGUCUCCCCGGUAGAGCGUCGAGAAUAGUCCUGGAGUCGAGCACCCUGGUCGCGCAAGCACGGAACGUGCGAACUCUGAACGCGAUUUUGAUAUUUCGAAGCUUUUGUUUUGCGAUACCGCCUGUAGACCACGAUGAUCGUCGCGCGGUUGUAUACAAUUUUGAUUUUAGUUGACGCUUGCGUCUCGUAGUCACGUUUAGAACGAUUUUACGCACAUGUUUCUCCUUAGCCUAACGUGUUCCGAGAUCUCGGACGGCAAUUUGGUCCGUCGCGUUUGCGGACUUCGGACUCGACGGACCCUUUAUCAGUAUUUAUCGUCCCGGUUUCUUUUUUAUUUAUUUCGUAACGUAGCGAUCGUAUUUCUUUUCGUUACCCUCCGACCGCCGAUUCUUUCGUAAGACGGCGAAAAAGCGAAAGCGUCCACCGGGGUGCCACCCACUCCGUCGAAGGGUAUCUUCGAAGCAGGGUGCACAAAUAAUUGUUUAUAUGAAUGUCAUAGCCCUAGUUCCGCUAGUUGGACAGACGAACGAAUGUUUAGAACCUUGCUCAAUAAAGAAAACGUUAAUUUCGAUGUCGUGAAUUGUAUCGUUAAUCUAAGUUCAAUUCCCAGGUCGAAGCGAGGCUGGCCAUUCUCGCGAAACGAUUCGGGGAGGGCGGACAACGUCGUUGCCCGAUCUGACCGAAUUCUCGAGCGACAUACGUCAUGGACGUUUUCUAGAAGUUUACGAGAAUUCUCUCGAACCGUUAACCAGGCUGAACUAUAAAGUCCGGAGCAGGAUCUCGCGUGCAAAUGACUUCUUUGUUACCAAGAUUCAAAUUCUUUUGUUGCAAGUGCACAUGAUAGAGAGUUGUGCACGAGAAGCGUUUGCGAGUAGAAACAAUUGAAUUUUAUUUUCACAGUGGCACCAGCCGAUCCAUCGUCUCGGGUUCCUAGCGGAAUUCGGAUCCAGUAUUUUCAAAAUGAACUUCCAUUAUCUCUACUCGUCGCUGCGUGGCACCUGCGACAACAAGCAUCGAAUCGUUAACAAACGGGCUGUUUGUACGCGUAGAAUUUUCGCCCGGUACGAACUUCUCACACCCCUCUCGUCGGCGUCGAUGCUUAACGUUUUGCACACAACCCUUCGAGAAGUUUGUCUUGCUUGCGUGUCUGAAGAUCGCAUCUUUGUCGAUUUUCUUUGGUCGCCGCGUGCGUUCGUCGGCCGAUCCAGGAAUUAUUCUCGAACGGAAAUGAUCCGCGCGAUGUUGGACACACACAGGACCACGUUUUCGUAAACGUAGAGAUAAGAUCUUUGAGCUUAACAUGUAUUCUCUCGUGGAACCGUGUAUAAAACUCCUGUUUGUACCUUACUAGUUUACUAUAAACGCUAUUGUAGAUUACAUAUUAGUGGAAUUGAAAGUGAUAGAGCGAGAGAAAGGGAGAGAGAGAAAGAGAGAGAGAGAGACGGAGAAAGAGCGAGGAAAAGGAAAAGAAAAAAGAGGAGGACAAAGGCGCACGCGAUCGAGGAAAGCGACGAGAGGCAAAGAGACAAAGAAUGUUUAAUGUCCAUUCAACGAUCCUGUUAAGUCCAUUAUUUUUGUGCUACCGGGUGAUUAAACAUUAGUGUUAGCAUCGUUAUCAGGAAGGGAAGAUGCGUACAGUUGUAUCGUGCUUUUGCUUCGAAAUGUCUCGUGAUUCUAACACGAUUGUGUUAAAACGUCUCGAACGCACGAACGACAUUCUAUGAAAGACUAUAUCAGCAAGGCUGGUGAUUAGAUUUCGGUUAGUUCCUUUUUUUUCUGUUCAGCAUGACAACGGUUUAGCAGAUAUGUUUUACUGAAAGUGUCCUUCCUAUGUAAAUUUACUUGUUUGUCCUCAUAAAUUACAAAAUAAAUGAUAUCUUUCGUGUUCACGUACACUACCGGGUUCCUUUAUUUUUCUAUCACGCGCACCCGAGGUACCGCUGAAACGGUUGUCGAGAAGCUCUACGAGUGCCUUUCUUUCUCUGCAAAAAUUGCGCGCGCGCGCGCGUAUAUCUGCCUUAUCGAAUACCUCUUUGCUCAUUAUAUUUCACGCGUACGUAACAGAGAAUUCGAAGUGUACGCCAAAAGUUGCGAAGGUAGAGAGAAUUAGUUCACGAAGUCGCCACCGUAGAUGACGUCAUCCCUGUGAUUGACAUAUUGGUGCAUUAUUUUUAAAACUCGAGUCGCAAUAUUAAAAAAUGAUGUCGGAAAGGGAUUAUGCACCUCUCAGCGCAGCUUGUGUACGUUCUCUAAAUGACAAGCUUUACGAGAAACGAAAAGCAGCUGCUUUGGAAAUAGAAAAGAUGGUCAAAGAAUUUGCUGCUCAUAAUAAUACCGUUCAGAUUAAACGACUUUUAAAAGUAUUAGGUCAGGAUUUAGCCACUUCACAAAACCCACAUACACGUAAAGGUGGUUUGAUAGGCUUGGCAGCAAUAGCAGUAGGUCUGGGGAAAGACACUGGCCAAUACAUAGAAGAUUUAAUUCAUCCUAUUUUGGCUUGUUUUUGUGACUCUGACUUGAAUGUAAGAUAUUAUGCUUGCGAAAGUUUAUACAAUGUGGUAAAAGUAGCUAGAGGCGCUGUAUUACCACAAUUUACAGAUAUUUUUGCAGCACUUAGUAAACUAGCAUGUGAUUCGGAACAACAUGUAAAAAAUGCUACUGAAUUACUCGAUAGACUGAUGAAGGACAUUGUCACAGAAAGUGGUUUGUUCGACCUAGUUGGAUUUAUGCCACUAUUAAGAGAACGUAUUUGUACCAAAAACCCAUUUGGUAGACAGUUUGUGAUAGCAUGGGUGUCUGUUUUGGAUGCUGUACCUAACAUGGAUUUUAUUAUAUUUUUACCCGAGAUUCUCGAUGGUCUAUUUAAGAUACUAGAGGAUCCAACACCAGAGAUUAAGAAAGUUACAGAUACAGUCCUCGGUGAAUUUUUACGCAGUAUAAAAACUAAUCCAAGUAGGGUGGAUUUCCCUGGAAUGAUAAAUAUAUUAAUUACGCACGCGCAAAGCACAGAUGAAUUACUACAAUUAACGGCGAUCACGUGGAUCAAAGAAUUUGUACACUUAUCCGGACCUCUUAUGCUUCCUUAUAUGUCUGGUAUACUUAUAGCUGUUCUACCUUGUUUAGCGUACGACGGCGAUACUAGAAAAUGUAUUAAACAAACUGCUACUCAAGUGAACGCAAAUUUGAUGAAGUUGAUAACUAUGAAGAAUGUACAAGUUUUAAAUAAUGCAUCAGAAAGCGGUGGGCAACCCGUACAAGGUAAAUUGCAUUUUCUAAGGUAUUUCAUAUACAUUACAACUUACUUAUUUUAUAACUUAUCUCCUUUCUUAGAUGCCAGUCAAAAUGAUUCUUUAGCAGAAACUUUAGACUUACCUAGCGUUGUUGAAGUGCUAACGAAACAUUUAAUGUAUAUAUCAGUUCAGACAAAAGUAGCUGUUUUAAAAUGGAUACAUCAUUUGUUUAUACACAUUCCGCACAAAAUGUUUUAUCAUAUCGAUAAUUUAUUCCCAAUUUUAAUGAAGUCUUUGAGCGAUAAUUCUGAUGAAGUAGUCCAACAAACGCUGGUAGUAAUGGCUGAAAUAAUCAGUUCGAAGUCUCCUGAAGCAGCUACUAUGGAUUCAAAUGCAGAAAUGCAAAACAGAUACUUCACCAAAUUUAUAGUAAAUUUAUUAAGACUUUUUUCAACCGACAGGAAUUUGUUGGUAGAGAGAGGAGCAUUUAUCAUAAGAGAAUUGUGCGUAUUAUUGAGUGCUGAAGAUAUUUAUAAAACAUUGGCAAAAAUAUUACUGGAUGAACAAAACUUGAGUUUCGCUUGCACAAUGAUACAAACUUUAAAUGUUAUAUUAUUGACGAGUUCGGAACUAUUCGACUUACGAAAUAAACUUAAAGACUUAGAUUCUAUUGAAAGCUGUGAGUUAUUCAAAUGUUUAUACGUCUCCUGGUGCCAUAAUCCUGUUGCAACCGUUGCUUUAUGUCUUUUGUCGCAGCAUUAUGGACAUGCGUGCAAUAUUAUAAGAUCAUUUGAAAAUAUAGAAGUUACUGUCGAAUUCCUCAUAGAAAUUGAUAAAUUAGUACAGCUGAUCGAAUCUCCAAUAUUUACAUAUUUAAGAUUGCAACUUCUUGAAAGAGAAAAGAACGACGCACUGGUGUAUGCACUUUAUGGUCUCCUCAUGAUUCUUCCACAAAGCGAAGCAUAUGCAACACUGCAGAAGCGUUUAGCAGCAAUUCCACCAAAGACGAAUGUUAUACCUGCAACUCCGCCAAGUUCAAAACCCUCAGAAACAAUGUUCGAUUUUCCUGAAUUGUUAAAACACUUCCACAUCGUUCAAGAACGACAUAAAGAACAAAAACGUAAACAACGGUUAACGAAUUUGAUAGAAAAAAAUACAAAUCAUAAUGAUAUGUAAAUAUGAAAUAUUUUUCUAUUGUAUUCGUGAUCGAAAUGCAUAAUUAUAAAUGUUCAUGAAAAAAAUCUGGUCAUUUAGUUACACAAAUACUGUCAUAAAAUGAAAAUAUACAAACUACUCGCUUUCAUGAUGUUUCACUAACGACAAAAGUUAUGAAAAAUUGUAUAAAGGAAGUAUUACUGUAACAUUUAUAUAAACAUAAACUUUUAAUUGUUAUAAA